AUGGCGGGGACGAGCCCGCCGCUAUUGAGCGAGCUGUUCGACUCGUCGACCGAGCACUCGUCGUACUCGCCGCCGGGCGGAGACGGGCUGCCGGCGCAGCGGCUGCAGCGACUGCCGCAGGACAGAGGCCAUGGCGCCCCUGUCCAGCAGAAGCUGAAUCAGGGACAUGCCAGCGAACACGAGCAGGCCGAGCGGCGGGCAAAGGCGGCUGCCUCAGCACGGAUUGAUCGGGCGUCACGGACCAUCUCUGCCCAGUAUGACAUUGUCGAUUACUACUCGUCGCUGGGCAUGGCUCGUGCGGGGCGUGGUGUGAGGCGGGCGGGCUUGGCUGCUGCCGAUCAGAUGCCUGAUGCCACGCCGAGGAGCCGCAAGGUGGCAUGCUGUGGGCGCCGAAUGCGGCGACCGAAGCGGUCUAUUCUGCUUGCGGUAUUUCUUCUCCUUCUCGGCAUCGUGGCCUCGCUGGCGGGCUUUGCCGUCAACGCCGCUAUCUUUGGUCUGCUCUCGGCCCGCGACAAGGUGUAUCGGCUGCCGGGCGAGGAUCUGUGGGAGUAUCUGGUCUGGAUCUUGCUUCCCAUUCCGGCGGCGAUGGCUGCGGCGUGGUCGGUGGCGUGGCUGGCGCCGGCGGCGUCGGGCUCGGGAAUUCCCGAGAUGAAGUCGCUGCUCUCGGGCAUUAUCCACAUCGAUCUGCUGGCGCCGCGGACGCUGCUGGCCAAGUUUGUGGGCGUCAUCGCCGGCCACGCCGCGGGACUCUCGGUGGGGCGCGAAGGCCCGUUUGUUCACCUUGCAGCAGGCAUGGCGGCGGCGCUCAUGAAGAUGCGGCCGUUUGGCUCAGCACUCCACUCGGACGCGGGCAUGCGACUGCAGCUGUACUCGGCGGCGAUUGCGGUAGGGGUGACAGCCACGUUUGGGGCGCCGAUCGGCGGUGUGCUGUUCUCGGUCGAAGUGACUUCGGACUACUACCGGGUGAGCCUCUUGCCGUGGGCGUUCAUCUCGUCGGUCACAGGCGUGUUCUUUGUGUGGAGCCUCGGCAACAUUCCGGUCCUCGACGUCUACCCCAACCUCAACUUGUUUAGCACCGAGGCCAAGCCGAUUCCGUACUCGUGGAUUGAGUUUGUCGGCUUUACCCUCAUCGGCAUAGUGGCUGGGGUCAUCGGCGCCCUUUUUGUGUAUGUCGCCGGCAAGCUGGUGCGGCUGCGGGCGACGACGCCGGCUCUCGCUGCCCACCCGUACCGGCUUGUGGUCGGCGUUGCCCUCCUCACUGCCGUCAUUUCGUACCCGAUCAACCAGUAUUUUGUCGGGACCGAGCAGGUGACCAUCAAUCAGCUUGUCUCGCCGGCGUCGGACCACGCGAGCAGUGACAACAAGCUCGCAUCGUCGCUGCUGGACCUCGCGGUCUUUGUCCCGGUCAAGUUUUUCUCACGGUUCGGAACGUUUACCCCGGUCUUUGCCAUGGGCGCCGCCCUUGGCCGGCUGGUCGGCGAGAUCAUGGCGCAGGCCUGGCCGCGGCUCGACCUGCACCCCGCCGGCUACGCCAUUGUCGGCGCCGGCGCGCUGACGUGCGGAGUGACGCGGUCGAUUUCGACCGCCAUUAUCGCCAUCGAGCUCACCGGCCAGACCCACCACCUGGUUCCUGUCUUUCUCGCGGUCACGCUCGCGUACACGGUCGGAAACCUGUUCACGGUCUCGAUCUACGACGUCAUGCACACCAUGAAAGGCAUCCCUUGCAUGCCGUCGCAAGUUGACGAGGACGCUUACGCCGUCCGAGCCUCGACCAUUAUGCGCACCGACCUCAUCUACCUCACCGUCGACGCUUCGUACCUCGACGUGCUCAACUCGCUGUACGACAACGACUACACCUCGUACCCGCUGGUCGACUCGGCCUCCAACAAAACGUUUCUCGGAACGGUGACCAGGACCUCGCUGGAGCUCGAGCUCGAGGCGCGGAUCAUGGCGUACGUGGCGCGGCGUGAGUCGUGGAUCGAGGUCAAUUCGCCACAGGUGAACGCGACCUCACCGCUCCUGCUCUCGGUCGCGUCGAUUACCACCACCGAACCCGUCUCGCCGCUCCGAGCCGCGCUCCUCGCCAAGCUGCAGGUCUGGUCACGCACCGGGCCUCCGGCGCUGUCGUCACCGGCCAUGUCGAGCUAUCUCGCUCGGCUCAUUCCGCACCUCUCCCCGGAGCUGUUCCGGUACCUGGAGGGCCUCACUCUUGCCGGCGAUCUAGCUGACGUGCUCGCUGUCGACGAGGCGCCGUUCCAGAUUGUGCCACAGACGCCGUUGGAGCGGGUCGACUUUUUGUUCAAGAUGGCUGUCAUCUCCCACAUGUGGGUGGUGACCCGUGGCGAGCUUGUUGGCGUUGUCACCAAGAAGGACGUUAUGGAGUUUGAGAUGCAGUACGAGUAGUACCCGAGUCGUUGCGGCGCGUGGCGUGGAUGUCACCGCCGGCGAGAGGCCGGGCGGGACGACGAGGUCCGCGAGGCCGGGCGCGACCGCGGCGUCCGAGUGCCGGCUGCGCUACUAGGGCGGCCGGCUGUGGAUCCGCGAGUUCGCGAGCGAGCGCGGGCGCGACGGACACGGGUGCUAGCGGCGGCGGACGAGGGCGGCGGGCGCGGCGAGGCACUGCCCGGGCGGGCGGCGUCCUUGAGCUCAUCAACAACGAGCUCAAAACCACCCAUGGGCGCGUCGAGGUUGGAGCCGACGCCAAGCUUGCAAGCGGCAAGGUCGGGAAAGCCUGCGGGGAGGACCAUGUUGAUGACGUCGUUGAUGACGGUGUGCUUGACGGUCCGGUCGGUCUGGGUUGUGGCCGACAUCGACGGCGAGGCGUUGACCUCGACGAGCCACGGCUUGAGGGUGUCGUCGACGAGCACGUCGUAGCCGUAGCACUCGAAGCAGUGGCGGUCCGAGUUG